AUGAGAACCUUAACGUUAUUCACAGCUUCAAAGUUUCCAAGACCUGAUGUUAAGGUAUCGUCAGCCUACAUAUGGAUUGAGCCAGCAAGGAAUAUUUGCUUCCGGCAGAUGAAAGCAGGCAGUGGUGACGAUUGCGUGAAGGACGGGAACAAGGUAAAAAUUCGCUACGAGCUUUAUGAUAAUCAAUCUCGCAAAUUGCGUUACAGCACUUACUCAAAACAGGAUCCUGAAAUAUUAGGUCCAGGCAAGAAUGAAAUAUGUCAAGGACUGUACGAAGGAAUUGUAGGCAUGCAACUUGGGGAAAUAAGAAGAAUCGUCCUUCCUCCGUCUUCGGACUUGACCCGCGAGCACUCAAAGAGUGGGUACUGGAAUAUUCAGAAGCUGUUGCCAAACCAGAAGCCAUCCGCUGACUCUGAAGAAUAUAGAACUUAUGAUGUGAAGUUGCUCAAAAUCAUUCCAUGA